UAAAGCUCAAAAGCUUCCGCACAGGCUGUGACAGUACUACCACAUCUGAUCCUCCUGGAUCCUCCUUACUGAUCUGUAGAGAUGUCUGAGUUAGGUUCUUUUGACAAUCCGGUUAAGUUCAAAGAUCAAGACUCUGACGUCCUGCUGCAGAAGUGCCUCAGCUCUGCAGUUCUGUUCUCAGACACGGUGUUUGCAGCGAACCAAAGCUCCCUCGGUAUUCCUGUGGAUCCUGAUCCUAAAAAGGCAGUGAAGUGGCUGCGCCCAAAGGAAAUCACAAGUAAUGCUGUCUUUGUUGAGGGCACCAUGGGCACCACCGAUAUCUGCCAGGGCCAGCUGGGUAAUUGCUGGCUGCUGGCGGCACUGUCCUGUCUCACCAUGCACCCGACUCUGUUUGUGAAAGUGGUUCCAUCUGGACAAAGCCUGAGUGAAUCCUACGCUGGCAUCUUUCGUUUUAGGGGCCGUCUGCUUUUCAGCUACUCUCGCACCACCAACGAGUUCUGGAGCGCCCUGGUGGAGAAAGCUUAUGCCAAGCUGAUUGGUUCUUAUGGCAGUCUGAAGGGGGGAAUUAUCUCAGAAGGAAUGGAGGAUUUUACGGGGGGCAUUGCCUACUCCCUCCACGUGUCUUCCCGGCCCCCACGCAUGCUCUGGAGAGCCAUCACUGCUUCCCUGGCCAGGAGCAGUCUGCUUAGCUGCUUCAUACAAGCUGCGAGUGUGAAGGAGAUUGGCACUGUGACAUCUGAGGGUCUUAUCAAAGGUCAUGCCUAUGCCAUCACUGAUACAGAUAAGGUCCAGAAGGCAUCUGAAGAGGUCUUACUGCUGAGGCUGCGUAACCCCUGGGGGUUUGUUGAGUACUGUGGACCCUGGAGUGACAAGUGUCAAGACUGGGAUUUUAUAGAUAAUGCUCAGAAGGCCAGACUUGAGUUGGCCAAAGUUGAAGAUGGUGAAUUCUGGAUUGGAAUAGAGGACUUUUGCCGGCUGUUUAAUACAGUGGAAAUGUGCAGUGUGAAUCCGGACUCUAUGUCGGGGGAGGCGAGUGAUGACACAGCCACCCCGUCCUGGACACUGAGCUCACAUCAAGGCACCUGGGUCCCAAUGUGCUCUGCAGGGGGCAGCCGACGUUACCCCAGAUCUUUCUGGAAAAAUCCUCAGUUCCAAAUGAUUCUGUCUGAGAAAGAUGUGGAUGACUAUGAUUAUGGAGAGGAUGAGGAAGGGGAGGAAGGAGAUGGAGAAGACGAUGAAGAAGGUGUUGUGGUGGCUCCUAUGAGCAAGACUGAGAAACAGGGAGAGAAAAAGAAGAAGUGUACGGUACUGGUGGAGCUUCUCCAGAAAUACCGCAGACAAAAAGAUAAAGUCCACUUUCUCUACAUUGCAUUUCACAUCUACAAGGUUCCCCCUGAGCUGCAGGACAAACCAGGAUCUCUGGACCAGCAGUUCUUCUCCAACAACCGUCCAGUUGCUCGCUCUGGAAAGUACCGUAGCAUUAGGAGCGUGUGGCGGAAGGUGCACUUAGAGCCUGGCAGUUAUGUCAUCGUAGCCUCCACCUACAGGCCCAACCAGCAGGGGGAGUUCUUCCUCCGUGUUUACACCAAAACCGGCAACAUACAGGGGUUCCAGGAUUUCCCCUGCAUCAACAACUACUCUGUGAUGGUAAUGUCAAAGCCAGUCUUACCUGAGGAUUUGUUUAGAGUGCAGAAGUGGUUUGAUGAAAAGGCUGGAUCAGAUAGCAGAGUGAAUGCUGUGCGGUUUAUGGAUCUGGUGAACUCAGUGCUGGAAAAAGACUAUGAACUUCCUCUGGAGACCUGCAGACAGCUCAUCUUUGGGGAAGAUACUGGUGGCAGAGGCCGUCUGAACAGAGCUCAAGCAGAGAAGCUGCUCACCUCCCUACGCAAUCUGCAGUCUAUCUUUUUCCAGUUUGAUGAGGAUUCAUCAGGAACCAUGAGUCCAUUUGAACUCAGUUUGGCUCUGAAUGCUGCAGGUGUGGAGUGUGACAAUGUUGUGGUACAGUUGUUGUGGGAGAGGUUUGGCGCUGGUGAACAAUACCUGCCUUUCUGCGGCUUUGUGUCUUGUGUUGCCAGACUGCAGGUGCUCUUUGUGGCUGCUCAAGCUGUUGGCUGUGUGAGCCUGUCCAGACCCGACACCUCAGCGGGACAGACCUGCUAGGCCAAGACUACUCUGACGUCAUCCACCUGGGCCUAUGUCUCCUACAUCUCCCCCUCUUCUAUCUCAUUUGUGAUUGGCGGACCUUUGCCCUACAGUUGCAUCCACCCACUCACCGCUCCAUCAGUUGGGGUCUAUGACCAUGUAGGGAGGAUACAAAACAGGCUUUCGCAUUUCAUCCCCCUCGCCCCACCCUAACACAAUGUGUGUGUGUAUUUGCAUUCAUAAUAAGCAAAACAUCUGAGAUAUUUUAAUAGGAAUAUUUUACUUGUAAAUGAACAUUCUGUCAUCAUUUACUCACUCCCAUAUCAUUCCAAAGCCAUAUGACUUCAUUUCUUCUGUGGAACACAAAAGAAGAUAUUUAGCAGGAUGCCCAAGCUGCUGUUUUAAUGAAAGUGAAUGGAGACCAGGGACAGUCGUGAUCACCAUUCACUUUCAUUGUAAGGAA